ACACGUGUAGACGUCAACACUUGGCUUCCUUUUCCAUCAUUGUAUCCGAAGACUGACUUCUUAAUCAAAAACCACACACAUGGACAUGUAUCAGCAGCAAUGUGAUUCGAAAUUUGGAGGCGAAAUGAACAACAUCGGCAACCAAGAUUUCGCUGACGUAACGUUGGCUGACUGUUACGGAGUAUAGCAGUAAAUCACCAAACAAGGCUUCUAAACCAAAAACUACACAAUUGAACACGUCCCAUGCAUGGAUGUAUUAGCUAGGUGAACCCAUGUUGAUGUUGACGCCUGCGCAGUAUGCUCGUGUUGACGUCGACACGUGUAUCGGGUGCGAUCUAGCAUUUUCUCCCUGGUGCAGAUUUCACCCAAAGCAGCAAUUCAACAAGAACCACUUUCAUUUCUUCAUUCUUCUGAGAGGAGGAGGAAGAGAGAGCAACGACAAGUCAUAUUCAUUUUCCUUUUAGUUCCUUCUUAUUUCUUUGACAUAUGCUUCUGUUCUUACCUCCUUAGCUAAUAUUUGUUUUGCGAAUUAAAUCCAGUAAGAGGCGCUGGUUAGCCGUUCCGCUCAGACCAAACCUCUCCAUUUAUCCCACUUUUCCCCUCUGUGUUAGCUAGCUAGCUAACUUACUCUCCCUCCAUCCAUCCGCACGCCGACAUGCCGGAGUACCUGGACGACCCGUCUGUUCUCACCAAGGACAAGCUGAAGAGCGAGCUGCUGGCCCACAACGUAGAACUUCCGAGUGGCAACCCGACCAAAGACGUGUAUGUGCAGCUUUAUCUGAAGAACCUGACCGCUAACAACAAGAAACAUGUCACGGCCACGACUCUGGACGCCUUUUCCAGCGACGAGGAGCUGCCGCCGCCCGUAGUCUCCAGCAGAAGUCGCUCCUCCGGCAGAAAAGCCACAAGGAAAACAGACAAGGUUCGGCCAGACGAGUUGGAUGUCACUGUGCUGACCGAUGCAGGCCUGAAGGAUGAGCUGCUCAAGCACGGAGUGGACGUGGGGCCGAUCGUGGCAUCCACCCGUAAAGUAUAUGAGAAGAAACUGCAAAGGCUGCUGGAUGAGGGUCCUACACAGCUGUUGCUGCCAAAGCUGGUUCUCACAGAGAUGCAAGUCAACCACAACCACAAUGGCAACUCUGAAUCGGACCUGUACAGUGACAAGGAGGACGAAGUGACACCAGAGCCUGUGGCCGAACCUGAACCAGUUCCAGUAGUGGAGAGACCGGUGAGGAGCAGAGGGAAGACGCCCGUCACCACCCGCACCCGCAGCAGUCAGCACCACACGAUAGUGGCUGAGGAUCUCAGGCCUGUAUUGACAGAUCAGGUCCAGUCGAAGUCUAACAAGAGGGUUCACCACAGACUGGACAGUCCAGCUCGGGCAGAACCUCCCUCCACCUCGUCUAGACCUUCUCAGCUCCAAGAGGAAGAACUGGGGCUGCGUCUUCCCAGACGCAGCAAGGAUUCAUUCCACAAGCCAGUUGCUCUGCUAAACACUGCUCUGUUGGAGGUGGAGAAGAUUGCAGCCGGCGACCAAGCCCCAAAAGUGGAGGAGAAUGACGUUCUAAAGGAGCUCUUCCCCAAUGAGAUCAGUAGUCCAACAGGAAUCACCGCCACCUGCCGACGACCCAUUAGAGGAGCCGCCGGUCGCCCAGUGAAGUCCAGUGAUCUGUGGAAUGAUGAAAACUGCCUCUUCUCUCCAAAAACCACCAAGACAACCAGCUCUUCCUCCUCCUACACAGAGAGCUGCACUGUGAACAGAGUCACCAGCCUGCCCCCCUCCACCUCCUCCUCCAGGCUUCUGUCUGCAGCUCCCCCUGCAGGUCCGACCAAGGCAGCGCCCCGCAGCGUGUCUCUGUGGAUAAAGCUGUUCCUGCUGGCUGUCAUGGCUGCCUUCCUGUUUUUGGUUUACCAAGCCAUGGAGACCAACAGCAUCAACCCUUUUGAAGCCCAAGACACAGAGGUGGCCAGUGAAAGCACCGCGUAGAGAGCACAGGAAGGGCCUGAGGGGGAAAUAGAAAUCUGUCUACUUCUAUUUUUUUCAAGUGUGAAUCUGCAUUGUUGCCAUUUUAUUCAUGGCCGCUGUGAAAUUACCUGACAUCUUCGCCCUUUUUUCCUCGAGAUUUAGUCUUUUCUUUUUUCCUUUUAUUUCUAAAUCAAUUGACAGUGAAUCCCUUUAAGAGAAGCGAUGUAGCCCUUUCAUCGGCACUUCAAGGAUCUCCAUAUCAUGAUGUGAAAGGACAGUACCUCCUGUGCUGUUGUUUUGGUCCAUUCUUGAUCUUUGACUAAUAGUCUGUGAGGUUAUGACAGAGCCAGCCACACACCGUAGCUUUCUUAGAAAUAUGUGGACUCACCUUUUAUUACCAUGUUCAUUUUUUUUGUCGUGUGUGUGUUUGCCUGCCUGCCUUAGUGUCUGUCUCUGUCUUUUAGCCUUGAAGACGGAGUUUGAACGUGUGUGUGUGUGUGUGUGUGUUUGCUUGCCUGCCUGCCUUAGUGGCUAUCUCUGUCUGUUAGCCUUGAAGACGGAGUGUCUGUGUCUGUGUCUGUGUCUGUGUCUGUGUGUGUGUGUGUGUGUGUGUGUGUGUGUGUGUGUGUGUGUGUGUGUGUGUGUGUGUGUGUGUGUGUGUGUGUGUGUGAGAUUCUUUUCACACCAUGCCUUAGUGUCUGUCUCUGUUGAAGAUGGAGCUUGAACCUGUAUUUUUGUUUUGAAUCUUACUUGACCAUCUUUGUUAAUGAGACAGGGAGGCUUGUUAUUAUAAUCCAAAUACUUCUAAAUCUUCUUAAACGCUACACCAAUAUUUUCUUAAUGUUCUCUUGUAAUAAAUUGAAUGUCCCUGUUUAUUCUACUUAAUUAUGUAUUCACUGUCACAAAUAUUGAAAAUCCACUUAAUAAACUAUAAUGUUGUUACUUUU